AAGAGUUUUGUACGAGUAGAGUCGACCCCGGUGUGGUGACGGAGGGUGACGCCACUAUUAUUAUAUACAGCUGGGCGAGCCUCGCCUCUUCUCCCCUUCUAUAAUGUCUCUCCGGGUGCUGGUAGGCUGUAAGAGAGUCAUUGAUUAUGCCGUCAAGGUUCGUAUAAGGCCUGAUAAGCUGGGCGUGGUUACAGAUGGUGUGAAGCACUCUAUGAAUCCUUUUGAUGAAAUUGCCAUUGAGGAAGCAGUUCGUUUAAAGGAAAAGAAAAUAGCCCAAGAAGUAAUUGCUGUAUCAUGUGGGCCAACUCAGGCACAAGAAACCAUUCGCACUGCAUUGGCCAUGGGUGCAGAUCGAGGCAUUCAUGUAGAAAUACCUGCAAAAGAGAUGGAGAAGCUGGAGCCCCUUCAUGUGUCUAAGAUUCUUGCUAAACUAGUAGAGAAAGAACAAGCAGGACUGGUGAUAUUGGGCAAGCAAGCUAUUGAUGAUGAUUCAAAUGCCACUGCCCAGAUGACAGCAUCAAUCCUCAAUUGGCCACAAGCCACUUUUGCAUCAAAGAUAGAGAAGGAAGAUGAUUUUCUAAAUGUAGUUCGUGAGGUUGAUGGGGGUCUUGAAACAAUCAAAGUAAAACUACCAGCUGUUGUUUCAGCUGAUCUUCGUCUCAAUGAACCUCGAUAUGCUACAUUACCAAACAUUAUGAAAGCAAAGAAGAAGAAAAUUGAGAAAAUGAAACCUGCAGACCUGGGUGUGGACACAACUCCCCAUUUUGACAUUAUUGAAGUCUCUGACCCACCUGCAAGAGAGGCUGGUAUUAAGGUUGAAGAUGUGGACACACUCAUUAGUAAACUUAAGGAAGCCGGGCGCAUUUAAUGACUUUCUUUAGAAUGGACUGGUCGUUGCGAUUCCUCUUGUACAGGAAUUUCUUUGAGUGCAGUUUUUAUAUAAAUCUUAUAUUUUGUUGGGUUCAUUUUAUAGUCUGUACAUAAUUGUGAUAUAAAUUUUUUUAAAUGUUC